CCCGGGGCCAGCUCGCGGCCCGCCCCGCCGCCCCGGCCCCCCGGAUGAGGGUAUAUAUUCGGAGCUGGCGCGGGACGCCGAGGAGUGGCCGCACGGAGCCGGAGCCGGAGCCGGGCGGAGCCGUGGUCACGCUGAGGGAGGUUUACAGGCCCAGAGAUUAUACCUCUGUCUUCACCACCACCAGAGCAUUAUGAAUGUUAAUGAUCUCAAAGUCAGGUUGUCCAAAGCUGGACAGGAACACCUGCUACAGUUCUGGAAUGAGCUGGAUGAAGCCCAACAGGUAGAACUUUAUGCAGAGCUCCAGGCCAUGAACUUUGAGGAGCUGAACUUCUUUUUCCAGAAGGCCACUGAAGGAUUUAACCAGUCGUCUCAGCAAGAGAAAAUGGAUGCCCGCAUGGAGCCUGUCCCUCGAGAGGUGUUGGGCAGUGCCACCAGGGACCAGGAUCGGCUGCAAGCCUGGGAGAGUGAAGGACUUUUCCAGAUUUCUCAGAACAAAGUGGCAGUUCUCCUUCUAGCUGGCGGGCAGGGGACGAGACUUGGUGUUGCAUAUCCCAAGGGAAUGUAUGAUGUUGGUUUGCCGUCUCACAAGACGCUUUUUCAGAUUCAGGCGGAGCGUAUCCUGAAGCUUCAACAGUUAGCGGAAAAAUACCAUGGCAGCAAAUGUAUCAUUCCAUGGUAUAUAAUGACCAGUGGCAGAACAAUGGAAUCUACAAAGGAAUUCUUCACAAAGCACAAGUUCUUUGGUUUAAAAAAAGAGAAUGUAAUCUUUUUUCAGCAGGGAAUGCUCCCUGCUAUGAGUUUUGAUGGGAAGAUUAUUUUGGAAGACAAGAACAAGGUUUCUAUGGCUCCAGAUGGGAAUGGUGGUCUUUAUCGGGCGCUUGCAGCCCAGAAUAUCGUGGAGGACAUGGAACAGAGAGGCAUUUGGAGCAUUCACGUCUACUGUGUUGACAACAUCCUAGUGAAAGUGGCAGACCCCCGGUUUAUUGGCUUUUGCAUCCAGAAAGGAGCAGAUUGUGGUGCAAAGGUGGUAGAGAAAACGAACCCUACGGAGCCCGUGGGAGUGGUUUGCCGAGUGGACGGAGUCUACCAGGUGGUGGAAUAUAGUGAGAUCUCCCUGGCAACAGCUCAGAAACGAAGCUCGGACGGGCGACUGCUGUUCAACGCGGGGAACAUUGCCAACCACUUCUUCACUGUCCCGUUUCUGAGAGAUGUUGUCAAUAUUUAUGAACCUCAGUUGCAGCACCAUGUGGCUCAAAAGAAGAUUCCCUACGUGGAUUCCCAGGGGGAGUUAAUUAAGCCAGACAAACCAAAUGGAAUAAAGAUGGAAAAAUUCGUCUUUGACAUCUUCCAGUUUGCAAAGAAGUUUGUGGUGUAUGAAGUACUACGUGAAGAUGAGUUUUCCCCGCUGAAGAACGCGGACAGUCAGAACGGGAAGGACAAUCCUACUACUGCGCGACACGCCCUGCUGUCCCUUCAUCACUGCUGGGUCCUCAACGCGGGGGGCCACUUCAUAGACGAAAAUGGCUCUCGCCUCCCAGCCAUUCCUCGAAAUUAACAAUAUUCUGAAGUGCAUAUGGAAAUGUAAAGCCUCAACGACUUUGAAGAAUAACAAAGAUGGAGAACUUGUGCCUGAUUUUGAGACUUAUUAUAAAGCUACAGUAAUCAAGAUAGUAUGGUAAUAAUGACAAGUAGACAAAUAGAUCAAUAAGAGAAUAGAGUCUAGAAAUAGACCCUCACGUAGAUAGUCAAAAGAGUUUCAACAAGGUGCUGAAGCAUUUCAGUGGAGAAAGAAUAGUCUUUUUAACAAAUUAUCCUGGAUAAUUUGAUCCAGGAUAAUUUGAUAUCCUGGAUAUCAAUUAGAUAUCCAUAGGCAAAAAAAGUAAACUUGUAUCUAUUCUUUGUCCUACACGUAAAAAUUAACUCAAAAUGGAUCAUAGACCUAAAUGUAACACCUAAAACUAUAAAACUUCUAGAAGAAAACAGGUGAACGUCUUGUGACCUGUGGUUAGACCAAAAUGUCUUAUAUAGCACCAAAGUAUAAUGCAUAGAAGAAAACACCAAAAAUGUAUUAAAACCAAGAACUUCUGUUCAUUGCCAGGCAGUUAAGAGCAUGAAAAGAUAAGCCAUAGGCUGUUAGAGAAUGUUUGCAAAUCACAUAUCUGGUAAACAACUUGUUUCCAGAAUACAUAAAGAACUCUCAAAACUCAAUAAAAAGAAAACAACCUAUCUUUUAAAAUGGACAGUUAGAGCAGAUACAUCACAAAGGAAGAUGUAUUGAAGGUAUAUUGAUAGCAGAAAAGUCCAUGAAAAGAUGCUGAGCAUCAUUAAGUUAUUACGGGAAUGGAAAUGAAAACCGAACAAUGAGGCACCAUGACACAUUUAAUAGAAUUAAAAGAACUGACCACAGCAAAAGUUGGCAGGGAUGUGGAACUCUUAUAUGUUGACUGGUGCUAGUAUGAAAUGGUGCCGCCAUGUUGAAAAAUAGUUUAGAAGGUUCUUCAAAAGUUACACAUAAAUCGACCAUAUUGCCUAGCAAUAAUGUUGGAAGCAAGAAGUCAGACAUGGGGUGCAUGGAUGGCUCAGUCGGUUAAGCCUCCGACCUUGGCUCGGGUCAUGAUCUCACAGUUUGUGAGUUCUAGCCCUGCGUCAGGCUCUGUGCUGACAGCUUGGAGCCUGGAGCCUGCUUCAGAUUCUGUGUGUCUCCCUCUCUCUCUGCCCCUCCCCUGCUCGUGCUCUGUCUCUCGCUCUGAAAAAUAAACAUUAAAAUUUUUUUUAAGUAAUAAAAAAAAAAUCAGACACAAAGGUGCACACUAUACUAUUCCAUUUAUAUAUGAUGAUCAAGAAUUAGCAAAAGGAGUCUGCUGAAAAAGGUCAGAAUAGUAAUAUCUACAGAAGGGAUAUCUACUGAGUUACGGACCUUGGUGAGUGCUGGAAAUACUCUACAUUUUGAUGAGUGGUGGUUACAGAUGUGCAUGUAUUUGUUAAAAUUUAAGCUGAAUGCUUAAGAUUUGUUCGUUU